AAAAGAGGCUAUCCCUGUUAUAAUCUCCCUACUUUUGAUGCAACAAUUUCACCUGAAACACCAGUUCCUGGACAAAAUGCUACUAUUAAUGUUUCUGGAACUUUAAAACAGGAUAUUAAAGAGAACGGAAUGCUUAUUAUUGGAUUUCAAUAUGUUGACUGUGUCCCUCUAGGUGUUUACCCUACGACUCCUGCUCCUCAAACUAAAGCUGGCAAUCCCUUUAAUAUAACAAUCGAAGUUCUAGUACCACCAACUUUUGCAUCAAAAGAAGCACCCUACUAUAUUCAUGCUUUUAUUGAGAAUGGUUAUGAGCCGAUAGGUUGUGUAAUUGCUUAUAAUAUAGGUUGA